CCUUCAAUUGCCUAAAAAUCGGCAGAAAGCCACGGUCAUCGCGGGUCGCGCGUUUCGUUCGUUUUGUGCGAAAUUAAAGCAAUUAAUCAGCGUACGAAGUGGACCUAUAGUUGGACGCUUGUCGGCGAUAGCUGGCACCCCAAUUCGCCCCAAAAUGUGCGACUAGAGUCCCCCGCGAACCGCGGCAGUGCCACCAAAACGGCGGCGAAACCAAACCGACGGAAAGAAAACGAGAAGAAGAAGGGAAUAUUAAACAAGUUUGCGUGGAACGAAAAUUGCGUGAAAAGAAGAAAGAAGCGAGCAAAUGCGAAAAUGUUUAGUGUUUAAACAAAUUCGGCAAGGAGUUUUUCGUUUUUAAAGCCGUCAUCUGUGAGUGCGUGUGUGUGAGCUGUGAGUGAGUGUGUGUGCGUGUUGUGGAAAUGAGAGUGUCUCAGUCUGAGUGCAAAUGAAGUUGGCCAAGCCCAAAAAACGAGAAAUUAAUUAAAGCAACUAAGAAAAGUGUCGGUCGCAGAGGAUUGAAUUCACCCAGGGCCAGGGGUCAUUAAAACCGAUCGGGGCAGGACGAAUAAGGACCCAGCAGAAUGAGCGAGGAGCUAAAAGUGGUGCUGCGGCGCAGCGAGCAGCAUUCCGGUUUCGGAUUUUCGCUGCUUGGAACCACCGGACCGCCACAUGUCAUCUACGACAUCGUCGAGAACUCGCCGGCAGCCGAUUGCGGAGCGGUUGAGGCCGGGGAUGUCAUCCUCAAAGUCAACGGAACGGAUGUCCAUCGCUACACAACGAAGGAAGUUCUCAAAUGCCUGCGCCUGUCGGAACAGCUGGUGACCUUGGAGCUGAAGCGAGAUCCCAAGUUGAAGGCGCGGAUCAAAGAGCAGCUGGCCAACACGCAGAGUCCGCACUAUGUGGACAUUGAGUCGCCGAACAUCUACGACUACCACAGCAGCAGCGCCAACUCCUCGCCGAAUCACCGGCCAAAGGGGGCGUCGACCACGCCCCCUCAGAGCGGACUGCGCUACAAGUCGCCCACGCACUUGCCCUCGCUGCGCCAGAACUCGUCGCCGCUGCUGGCGAGUGGAUCCACCACGACCACGACCACCGCCACCGCCACUCACACGCACACCCACAGCCACAGCCAGAGCCACAGCCACAGUCGCAACUCCUCGGCCAGCUCCACGAAGAUCAAGGUGGUGGAGACGAGCAUCACCACCUCGAGCACGGGCAUAAUGGGACCCACAUCGCCCACCGGCAGUGUGGAGGCCACCUCGCCGACCUUCCGCCCCUCACGCAUUCCACAGGCGCUGGCCAAGAGCGCCGUGCCCAAGCCCGUGCCCGUUCUCCACUCGCCGCAGAACAAGCGUCCACGCCCCUCGCAGAUCCCCACGAAGGCGUCGAUGGGGAACGGAAACGGGAAUGGAAACGGGAACGGGCAUGCCGCCCAGCUGCCGCCGCAGUCGCUGCAGCACUCGAACAGCUACAGCGGCAGCCCGGUGACCAGGCAGCGGUUCACGGAGCGCGAGCAGGAGCGGGAACCGGAACCGAACUCGGCGCCACCGCAGCCGGCGAAGGCGCCACGCUUUGAGGCUUACAUGAUGACCGGCGACCUGAUCCUCAACCUGUCCCGGACACCGCAGACCAGCAAUCUCCUGCCCGCCCAGGCCAAAAAGGUGGACAGUCUCCGAGACUCGCCCAGUCGCCUGGUCAACUCGCGGUUGAACGGCGCCCUCGCACCGCGUGCCUCCGGCGAGUCCUCGCCCACGUCCUCCUCCUCGGUGGACUCGCCCACGAACACCAGUUCGGAUUCGGUGAAGCGCGAGGCGAAGCUCCUGAGGAAGCAGCAGCAGCAGCAGCAGCCUCACCAGCAGCAACAGCAGCGGGACAGCAUCAACAACAGCUACAACCGCAAGGACUCGCUGACCAACGACACCCUGCUGAUGUGCGAGGAGCUGGAGCGGGACGAGGAGGGCGAGGUCGUCCUGGAGGAGGACAACAAGCAGCAGCGCCAGCGCCAGCAGCAGCAUCGCUAUCGCCAGCAGCAGCAGCAGCGUUACGAGUACUACCAAAACGAGGACGAGCUGGAGGAGCAGGAGGAGGUGGGGGUGGAGGAGGAACGCGAGGAGGACCAGACGCACUACGACAUCACCAACAUCGAGACCUAUCAGAGCGGACUGGGUCGGGGCGACGAGGACGAUAGCGAUCGGCAGUGCCUGGUGGACGAUGACGACGACGACGAUGAUGGUGCGUACGACGAGGAGGAGAACGACGCCGGCGACGAGGACUACUCGACCAAUUCCCUGGGCUCCGGUUCGGCCAAGCAGAGAUUGCGGGCCCUGAAGCAGCGGACCGCCACGCGGCAGCAGCAGCGGAACCGGGACGCAGUCGACUGCGCCGGACGCUCCGGUUCGGGAUCCUCGUCCACGACGGUCAAGAGCGAGGCGGGCGGACUGGGCCUGGACGAGACCUCCUUUUCAGUGCCAACCUCGCCGAUCUCGCUCUCCACGCCGCUAAUCGACAAGGAGACGGCCAACUCGGUGCCCACCAGCCCGGAGCCCAGUUCCCUCGUCCCCGAAUCGAGCAGCGGCGCAGGCGCCGGAGCAGUGGUGGUGCGCCGGCACAACGGGCACGUGGUGCGCAAGUGCGACGCCGCCGGCUUCCGCACCAGCAAGUCCGAGGACCACCUGCAGCAGAUUCAGCGCGAGGGCAUCGCCGCCGUGAUACCGAUCGACAUCGACGAGGACGUGAACAGCUCGCUGAACACCCUGCUGGACACGCGCCAGGACUCCGAGGAUUCACAGUCGGUGGUCACUGUAAUUGCAAACAACUCGUCACUGGCCUCGAACAACAACGAGGGUGAGCAGAGCGACAACCGCAGCAACAGCAGCAGCAGCGCCAGCGACAACAAUAACUGCAGCAGCAACACCAGCGAACCAGCAACAUCUGCGACUGCAACUGCAACUGCAACACUUGCAACUGCAACACUUGCAACUGCAACUGCAGCAACAGCAACGAGAACGAUGAACUGCAGCAGCAAAUUAAACUAUAUUUUAUGCAAAAAGGCUUCGGAUCGCGACCGGAUCGUGUGGACCUAUAAUGCCCCACUCCAGCCUCACCAGUUGGCGGCCCUCCAGCGACAGCAGCAGCAGCAAGAGCAGCAGUUCCAGCAGCAGCAGCAGCAACUCCAGCAGCAACACCAGCAGCAUCUCCAGCAGCAGCAGCAGCAACAACAGCAGCAGCAGCAGCAGCAACUCUACGGUCAGCAAUCGCAUUCAAAUUCACAUUCAAGUUCCAUUAGUUCGUCGCCCCAGCAAUCGGCUGCGGGCAGUCCGGCCUCGCCCACGUCGGUGUCCUCGUCGGUGAUGUCGUCGUCGGGCUCGAAGGGCGCCUUAGGCCUGGGCAGCAGCAGCAACGGGCCCAUGGCUGCCGCGCAGCAGCACCAGCAGCAGCGGGAGCAGGGCGGCCAGGUCGCGCAGCCGCCCAGCGGGAUUCCCGGUCUGCUUGGCUGCCCAGGAAUCAGUGGUGCCGGCGGUGGUUUUAGUGGUGGUGGUGGUGGUGCUGGAGGUGGCGGUGGCGGUGGCGGCAACAACGAUCAGAGCGUCUCAGAGGCCAUUUCGAAUAUAUCUAGUCCCGACUACCAAGACGACGAUAACUUAUUGAGUUCUCGCGAUAUUCUAGGCGGCAUGGUACUUAGCGAUCCCAGUGACUCGGACUCCACCAUCCUCGUCUCGGACGCGGCCGCCCUGCAGCGCCAGCAGCUCAAGCAGCAGCUGCGCGCCCAGCAGCAACAGCAGCGGGACAGGGAGCGGGAACGGGAGAGGGACCGCGACCGGGAUCGGGAGCAGUCCGAGCACAAGGUGGUCAUCCAAGUGCGCGGACUGGACAGCAGCAGCAGCGGUGGCAACAACGGCCGCUCCGAGGAGGAUGUGGUCACGCUGACGGAGGAGCCGCUGGGCACGAUGAACGUCGGCCUGCGGGACGCCUCGCCACCGGUGUCCGAUGACGGCAGCGAUGUGGAGUCCCUCCACUCGUACCACUACUCGCCGAAGGCGGUGGACAUGCCCUCGGCCAUUCGCCUGGCCAAAAGACUGUACUCCCUCGACGGUUUCAAGAAGAGCGACGUGUCGCGUCACCUAAGCAAAAACAACGACUUUAGCCGCGCGGUGGCCGAUGAGUAUCUCAAGCAUUUCACCUUCGAGAAGAAGUCACUGGACCAAGCGCUGCGCGAGUUCCUGCAGCAAUUCUCGCUGUCCGGCGAAACGCAGGAGCGGGAGCGAGUGCUGGUGCACUUCUCCAAGCGCUUCCUCGACUGCAAUCCUGGCACCUUCAACUCGCAGGACGCCGUGCACACGCUGACCUGUGCCAUAAUGCUGCUGAACACGGAUCUGCACGGCCAGAACAUGAAUCGGAAGAUGAGCUGUGCGGAGUUCGUGGACAACCUGGCGGAUCUCAACGAUGGCGAGAACUUUCCCAAGGAUGUGCUGAAGUCGCUGUACCAGGCAAUUAAGACCAAGCCGCUGGAGUGGGCGCUAGAUGAGGAGGCAGGCGAGCUGCAGCAGCAGAGAGCCAACAACAGUGUGCUGGCCAACGUGGGACAGAACCCCUUCCUCGAUCCCCCGGAACUGGCCACGGCUGUGGAGUACAAAAAAGGCUAUGUGAUGCGCAAAUGCUGCUACGACAGCAGCUUCAAGAAAACUCCCUUUGGCAAACGCUCCUGGAAGAUGUUUUACUGCACGCUGCGUGAUCUUGUGCUGUAUUUGCAUAAGGAUGAGCACGGCUUUCGCAAGAGUCAAAUGUCCGACAAUCUGCACAAUGCAAUACGCAUACAUCACGCACUGGCCACCAAGGCCAACGACUACACCAAGAAGCAACAUGUGUUCCGUCUGCAGACGGCCGACCAGGCCGAAUAUCUGUUCCAGACAAGCGAUUCCAAGGAGCUGCAAUCCUGGGUGGAGACCAUCAACUAUGUGUGUGCCGCCAUCUCAGCGCCACCGCUCGAGGGCGGCGUGGGAAGCCAGAAGCGAUUCCAGCGGCCACUCCUGCCUAGCAAACAGUCCAAGCUGCUGCUGAAAGAGCAGCUGGAGUCCCACGAGGUUCAGUUGGCCCAAUUAGACCAGGAGCUCAACGAACACAAAAAGGGUCCGAUUCCCAGCAAGGGCUUGCCUCUGCAGAACUACAAGGAGAAGGAGAGCUACCUGCAGUACGAGCUGCGACGCUACCGCACCUAUGUGAGCAUCCUGAGCGCCAAGAUGCUGGCGGAUCAGCAGCAGCUGGAGCUGCAGGCGCAGCAGCCGUCUUCAGCGACGCUCGAGGAGGAAGCCGACACAUUCCCAGUGGGCACCGCCGCCUGCCCGCCACCCACGCCGCAAAGUAUUAACCACAAGGAGCAGCAGAAGGAUCAGCAGCAACAGCCAACGAACAGAAAAGAGAAGAAAAAGAAAUAAUUACGUUUUGUUUCGCUCUUGAUUUCGAUCAUUUCCAAACUCGCAUACCAACACACACACCUUCACCACAGUCCCCGCCUCUUGGCCAUUGAAGCAGGCGAGUGAACGAAUUUGAAUAGAAUACUCCGUAAUGCCAGGCUGCCAGCGCCGGAAACACAGAUAGAUCUACCGAGCCACACCACACCACACACACCAAUCGCACACCCAGCACCAUUCACUCACCACCCACUUACACCCAAGCGUUGCGGCUGCGCCGUGCCUGCCACUCGAGAAAUUCGGAAUUUGUGCCCUUUAAGUUAGAGGGGAGAUCGUUUGAGACAAUUAGACUACCAGUACGAUAAUUAAGGAAGGAGGGUUUUACGUUUGAAGGUCGUCCAUCAGAAGAUUUUGGCAUUAUCUCGGCAAUCACAAGGAUCAUCUCGAAUCCGAGCAUUCGAUUUCAUAAGUAAAUAAGCUACUUACCCGAAAGAGGUCUCCCGAAAUCGGUUUCACUUGAUUCAAAGCCACGCAAUCUUCUCGAUUCGAAUUUGAUUUAUCGUUCGCAUUCGCAUCGCCAAAGAUUCUGCUGGACGGCUGUUAGGAUCGAAAAUGGAAACUGCUUAAACACAUAGACUUAUUAUUACACGAGUUGAUAAACAAUACUUACAUCAUUACCUAUGCUAUCAUUAUAAAUGAUAAAAAUAAAUUAUAAAUUAUUGAACAAUAUCUCUACGCAACCAAAAGAUGGAGAUCAUCGGCAGAAAUAACAAUAACACAAUGAACAAUGAACGAGAGGACAAGAGCAUUAACCUAAGCAAUUACCACUAUACCAUGUACGACUUGUUUUUGGCAUCAUGCGUUACAUUAUCACAUUAUCUGUGUAGGCACACUUACUCCAAUAUUAUGUACGGAUCAAUAUAUUUAUUUAAACAAUUAUCGGUUGAUUACGCGACAUGUCCAUGUAGCUAGAAUAUGAAAUUGAUAUCGAUUACGGAAUAGAGAGAGAGAAGGAAACAAUAAAUUUAAAUACAUCGUAUAUUUUUGAAUAUAUUAUAAUUAUUGUACUGUGUAAUUAUGUAAAUGCAGAUUAUAUAACAUUGUUUAUAAUAAUUUUUAACAAUUCUACUGAAACGGCAAUAAAUUCGAAACUACAAACUAA